GUCAUGUUCUUGCCACUUAGUGAACAAACAGAAUAUAAAUCAGGCCGACUAGUGCCAAUUCAAGCAACAUGAAAUGACACUAAUCAAUAUCUACGAUGAAUAGGCUCACAUACGGUUAGUGCUUGACAGGUCGUUAGUAACACGUGAACAUGCGAGCUCUUGUCAUGGGAUGUUCUUCCUCGAGCACUGCUGUUGAAGAUACUCCUCACGUUAAUACCCCAGUGCGACGUGAUGUUAGGAAACAGGUUGGAUUAUCGGAUGAAUUUGAAUUACAAGAUACGGUCCCAAAGGCUGCAGAAACAAUAGUGGAAGCAUUCCUGCGGCUAGACGAAGAAAUAUGUACUCUAGAAAGUUCCUGUCCUGGGCCACGACUUCUCACGGCAGAGGCCUGGAUUGAUCAUUUGUCUAACGCCUUUAAAACAACGUAUAUCAGCAGUGAAGUUUAUCAGCAGACAAACCGACUGACGAUGGAUGUUAAGGUUAUCGAUAUUCCUAAUGGAAUUCCUGAAUCUUCCAGUGCAACCGAAUCGAUUACAACGGCAUCCGAACGUAGUAGAAAUGAUACGGCCAAGGUACACAGAUAACAAUGUUUUUUAGCAUUGAAGUUGGAUGUCGCCUUGGAUCCAGUGAAAGCAACUCGGUACGAGGAAUUCAUCGCUCGGAUUUCUCGCGCUGCGAUGCAUUUGGAAGCCGAAAGUUUUUGUGUCGACAUGAUUGACGUUGCCCGAGGUCGCGCUUCGAAUCUACGCCGGUCUUUCGACCAACUAAAAGUAUUGUAUUCCGAACUGGAUUAUGUGAUAGCUUCAGCAUCGAACGGAACCUACAGUUCUCUAAUCGAGCAGCGCUUGGAUUCGGAACUGGAAUCAGCACGAGAGAUUCGUGACCGGUUGGGAGGAGUAUGUGAGCAGUGGCGCACGGCAGGUUCGAUGGUGCGUGCUUCCGCGAAAGGAAUGCUACAAUCGGUGCGGUUUUGGAGUCUCGUUGGAAGUACCAACGAAGCUGCCGAAAAGAUUUCCUUCGCAUUGGACAGCAGAACAGCCUGCCAUGGUGCGUUGAUAACGUUAGAUGCAGCUCAGGAUGCACUGCCGCAGGUAGAAAUCCCUUACAUUACUGUAAGACAACAGUCAGCUGUUAAGCAUGGCCUCAUUUACAUGCUUACUGAUAUGGCUAAUUUAGCACGGUAUAGACACACCAAACAUGUACUGGAAGGAUUUCUCAUGAACGUUGAUAAGGUGGUUCGAUGGAUUCACGACACUUACAGUAGUACAUUGGAAAAGGAUGUUGUUGAAGCAGACCAGUCAGCUAUUUUGAUUGCAGAAAAAUUGAGGGAAAUAAGAAAAAAGUUAUUCGCUCAACGGUUUGGAUCAAAAGUCUACGUGCGACCAUCGCUACGACCAAUCGAAUAA